AUGUUCCAACCACAAAAUCAAAAUUCACAAACACCACAUUUUCCAUUUUCAUCCAUAUUUAAUCCUUCUAUUGGAAAUAUUGCUCUAACAUCCUUGCCGUUUUCAACUCAAUUCAGUACAUCGAGACAUAGCUCAUCUGGUGUUGGUGGCUCUUCUAACCCAUCCCCUCAGACUCUGAUACAAUGUAGUCCAAAUUCACAAUAUUCAGAUUUUGUCAACCCUCGUGAAUUAGAUGCUAUCGACCUCAAUGAAGAUGACAUUGAAAAUCAUAGGCAAGAUAGUAUUCAACACUGGCAACGGGAAGAUGAUAAGAUGUUAAUCAGUGCAUGGUUGAAUAUUUCAACCGACCCUAUAGUUGGUACCGACCAAAAGGGUGAAACAUUUUGGAGUCGAAUUCACAGUUAUUGUGUGGAAUUCAACUCCAACAUAAAAAUGGGGGUAGUUGCAUGUAAAAAACGAUGGUAUAAGAUCAACAAAGCAGUUGCACAAUUUGCUGGUUGUUACGAUCAAGCUAGUCGAAACAUAAGGAGUGGUUCGAAUGCUGAUGAUAUAAAGGAGUUGGCCUAUAAACUUUAUUCCACACAUUAUGGUCAGAAAUUCACUUUUAAAAGGCAUUAG